GGGAGCGACUGCGCCCUUCACGCUGGGACUCGUGAUUUGUUUCGCGGUGGCGCUUGCGAUGCCCGCGCUGCUUCAGUUCGGUUUGCUAUUCAAGAAGUCGAUUGCAGGGCCGGAGACGAAUGGAAGCCCAGAAGCAGGAUGCGCAGACACGCCUGCAGCCGAAUGCAUUGCCAGAGAGGGGUGGAUGUCAAGAGAUCAAAAAACAAGUGGGUGCGGCGCGUGUCCGGCAUGCGCUUCGGAAGCCUGCGCAUCCUGCACACGUUGCUUCACGCAUACGUUGGCUGGGCCACCACAUGUAAUUUCGCGUACCCCAGGAUCUGGAAGUUGGACUUUGCUUUGCACAGUUUCGCGCGCCACGUUGCAUCAAUCUUCGGUUCCCUACGCAAUCCUUCCCUCGCAGGGUUUGCGGGUGCAUAUUGUCGUCCGAGGCCGAGACUGCGAUGCAGCUGGCGGGGGGCCCAUCAUUUCUGGCGCCCCCCUUCGUUUCGCAGAAGUUCUCCAAACGCUUCGCGUAACACGGGCCCAAGCAGCGUGAUCACCGGCCUUUCCUGAACAGGGCGCAGGCGAUACGGUCAGUGUGUAUUUCUGGGCUUCGUACCCUGUGUACACGCCGCUGACCUUCGCCAUCCUUGCGCAUCUCCCGAUUGCGGGGGCCUCCUUGAACUGCACCCUGGAUGAUGAUCGCGGAUGCCUCUUUCGCCUCGAUUACAAUGUCGCCGAGCAGGACGCCACCUUCGAGAACAUCAUUUACCUCUUCGCCAUCCUGGGCUUUCUGGCUUGUUCCAUCGGCAUUCCGCCGUCGCACUUCCUGGCCAUGCGACGCGCUGUCGCGUCAGCAGGGAGUGUGGACGAGAAGGGCUGGGACGCGAAGAUGGCGAACAGCGUGGGCAGCGCGGCGUGGCGCAACUUUUACUCGCCAUAUAUGCCCCGGUACUGGUGGUUCGAGUGCGUCGUCAUGCUUCGGCAGCGCAUGCUCGCCAGCGUCGCUUUCGUCGCCCGCUGAUUCGGCAGUUUCUUACAUCUUCUGGUCCAUCUGCGCGGUCGCUGCUUCGCCGCAGUAGUGGUGUCAGGAAGGCCCUACGACGCUGACGCCGACAAUCGCGCCCAGCUGAUCGCCACGCUGGCGUUCAUCUUGAUUUUCGUGCCCCAACAGGCGGCCCUCACAACGAAUUCGGCGGACGGCAUGACGCCGAACCGGUACGAGUUGGAGCACGUGCUGAUGGCAUCCGCCAACGUCUGCGUUAUUGUCAUCUUGCCGUUCUACACGGCGAUGAACGUGCUGGGCAAGGAGAAGAAGGAGUGGCUCAAACAACGCGCCAAGGAGCCGAAGGAGUGGUUCAAUCUGCGCUUUUCUUUGGCAGUUCGGAGAGGGUGCCACUUUCCUCGAGAAAAGCUUCUACUUAAGUCGGCGGGGAAGGCAUGCGUGGUGAAAUCGGCAAGGGUUGCAUGCGUUGAGCACAUCUUCAUCUCUGCGCGUUGGUUGUGUCCUUUCUUUGGCAGUUCUGAGAGGGUGCCACUUUCCUCGAGCAAAGUUUCUCCGGAAGAGCUCCUUUGCGGCGUGUUUUGUUGCAUCGUUUUCCCCGUUGCUUGCAGACGUCAAGCGGGCGGCUUGCCCUGCAUUUGCAGGGCAUGUACCGCCUCUGUUCUUCUCCUUCGGUAAAUAUG